GGGCUGGGUCUCCUGCCUUACCCCUAUCUCUUUACACGACUGCCAACCCGUCUAUAGAGUUAUUCCAGGAAUGUGUUGAACAUGGCUGCCGCGAUGAAGGCACAGAAAACUGGACUGUUGGAACUUCGAGUUACCGUGGACCGUUGGAUCCGUGUAUUAGCCACACUUACGGAGGAGACUUUAACCGUGAGCCCCGGAGAGGUCGCCGAAGAACCAGCGAAACCCAACCCAACUCCCGCCGUUGACAUUAAUGGAGACCCAGCCAACCUCAGCUCCUUUCCCGUCCCAGAAACGAUCACCAACGUUAAGCGCACGGUGAGAGUUACAAAGCAAGAUGUGGGAGGACUUGGAAUUAGUAUUAAAGGUGGGAAAGAGAAUAAAAUGCCUAUUCUCAUCUCGAAGAUCUUCAAAGGGUUGGCUGCUGACCAGACGGAGGCCCUGUACGUGGGUGACGCCAUCCUUUCGGUCAACGGCUCUGACCUCCGGGAGGCCACACACGAUGAUGCCGUGCAGGCUCUAAAGAAGACGGGCAAGGAGGUCAUCCUAGAGGUGAAAUACAUCAAGGAGAUGUCAGCCUUCUUUAAGAACACCUUGCCCGGUGCACCCCUACCCUGGGACUCCCCUCAUGCCACGCCACAGAAGGGCGCAGACGCCCCCCCUACUGAGCUGAAGGAGGCCAGGACCAUCCCCCUGAAAAUGUGCCAGGUGACCAGGAAGCAGUGCCCCCCGGACACAGAGAACAGGUACUUUGAGGUGAUCUCGUCCAGCAGAAAGAGCUCAGUGUUCCUGAGGGCCAAGGACCCUGCCAUGGCCCAGUCCUGGUAUAACGCCAUCCAAGCCGGGGUUUCGGCCCUGGUGCCCCGAGUCAGGGAUGAGCUGAGGGCCAUGCAGGCGGGCCUGGAGGUCAAACACAUGGGAUGGAUCACUGAGCAGGCGACCCAGGGUCCAGAGAGACCGGUGCUGGCUCUGCUGACUGAGAGAGACCUGCUGCUGUACCCCACCCUUCCUGACAGUAAAGACGGCAUCAACAGCCCAGCCAAGAGCCACCCGCUCAUCACAACUAGACUGGUCCACUCAGGACCGGGGAAAAGCUCUCCCCUGCUGGACUCGGAGCUCUCCUUUGGGCUGCGCACCGGCACCAAGCAGGGCGUGGAGACCCACUUGUUCCGGGUGGACUCGGCCAAGGAGCUUUCAGCCUGGACCCACAUGCUGGUGGACGGCUGCCACAACGCUGCCGAGCUCAUCCAGGAGGUCACCACAGCCUGCAGCUGGAACGGGAAGGAGUGCAACCUGGGAGUGCACAUCGACGAGGGCUUUAGCCUGUUCACUGAGGAGAUGGGCAUCAGAAAAACGGUGCUCCUCCAGCAACCCUUCGAGCGUCUGCGCAUGUCCUCCGAUGACGGUGUACACAUGAUCUUCCUCGACUUUGGAGGGCCAGAGGCGGAGAUUCAACUGGACCUCCACUCCUGCCCCAAGACCAUGGUGUUCAUUAUCCACUCCUUCCUCUCUGCUAAGGUCAAGCGGCUAGGCCUGUUAGCAUGAUAACAGAUUGACCUGCAACCCCUCUGCCCACCCUGAAAAACCACCAAACCACCGAAGCGUAUUUACACGAAGCCAUGACUCUAACAUUAGGAGGAUGUGAUAUCACUACAGAGGACCAUGUCACCGCUCUGUUUUAAACCGCCACCAAGGGGUUACAACAGACAGCAUCAAAAAUCAUGACGGCUUCUAAAUUUGUUACAGAAUUUUCCAAUGUUACCUGCACUGUUUACUGAUUGAAUUAUUCAGAGAGGUUUGUGUUUUAUCAUCCUAAAUGUACUUUUUUGUUUUGGCCUCCAUUUUGAGAAACAUUAUUUUAUGUCUGCUAUUAAGGAUGUUUUCCAAGUGCUGAUUCAGAGCCAUUUUGAGUCUCCCUGCAUUUCUUUAGUAGAUUCAUAAAUGUUUCCCAUAGCCAAUAUCAACAUGAAGAUAAACUAUAUGUCAUAAAUCUGAUUUUAAACUUAACCCCUAAAUGGAUUAUUGCCAUUGUUAAGUGAAAUUACUAAACAAAAACCCCACUCUCCAACUAACUUGAAUGACCUUAUGUAUAAGAGUACUAUGCCUUUGUAUCGAUACAAUAUAUACAUAUUUCGACACUAUAACUUCUGACACGAAGUUCACCCUCUAGAUCAUUUUAAUUUUAAUGAAAGACGGAUGGAAUAGUUCUAACGUUGAUAUUACCAGAGCCUUAUAGCUGUAGGUGUUUGGACCUAGAAACCUACAGUGCCUUCAUAAAGUAUAACAUUUUUUUUGACUUGUUCCACAUUGUGUUGUGUUACAGCCUACAUUAAAAAUGGAUUCAAUAUUAUUUCUCAUCCAUCUACACACAAUACCCUAUAAUGACAAAGUGAAAACAUGUUUUUAGAAAUGUUUGCAAAUGUAUUGAAAUGCAGAAAUAUCUCAUUUACAUAAGUAUUCACCCAUGAGAUAUGUUAGAAUCACCUGGAUUGUACAAUAUUUGCACAUCAUUAUUUUUAAAAUUCUACAAGCUCUGUCAAGUUGGUUGUUGAUCAUUGCUAGACAGCCAUUUUCAAGUCUUGACCUAACUUUAACCAGGCCACUCAGGAUCAUUCCAUGUUGUCUUGUUAAGCAACUCAACAGCAACAGUUUAUAUUUGGCCUUUUAGGUUGUUGUCCUGCUGAAAGAUGAAUUUGUCUCCCAGUGUCUGUUGGAAAGCAGACUGAACCAGGAUUUCCUUUAGGAUUUUGCCUGUGCUUUGUAGCUCCAUUGCAGAGGACAAGCAUACCCAUAAUAUAAUUCAGCCACCACCAUGCUUGAAGAUGUGAAAAGUGGUAUUCAGUGAGGUGUGUAUUUGCCCCAAACAUAACGCUUUGUAUAUAGAACAUAACAUUAAUUUAUUUUCCAAGUGUUUUGCCGUAUUACUUUAGUGCCUUAUUGCGAACAGGAUGCAUGUUUUGGAAUAUCUUUAUUCUGUACAGGCUUCCUUCUUUUCACUCUGUCAUUUAGGUUAGUAUUGUGGAGUAACUAUAAUGUUGUUGAUCCAUCCUCAGUUAUCUCCUAUCACAGCCAUUAAACUCUGUAACUGUUUUAAAGUCACCAUUGCCCUCAUGGUGAAAUCCCUGAGUGGUUUCCUUCUUCUCCGGCAACUGAGUUAGGAAGGACUCCUGUAUCUUUGUAUGACUGGGUGUAUUGAUACACCAUCCAAAGUGUAAUUAAUAACUUCACCAUGCUCAAAGGGAUGUACAAUUUCAGCUUUUUAUUUUUACCCAUCUACCAAUAGGUGCCCUUCUUUGCAAAAGCAUUGGAAAACCUCAGGUCUUUGUGGUUGAAUAUGUUUUUGAAAUUCACUGCUCGACUGAGGGACCUUACAGAUAAUACAUAGUAUGUGUGGGGUACAGAGAUGAGGUCGUCAUUCAAAAAUCAUGUUAAACAUUAUUAUUGCACACAGAGUGAGUCCAUGCAACUGAUUAUGUGACUGUUAAUUAAGCACAUUUUUACUCCUGAACUUAUUUAGGCUUGUCAUAACAAAGGGGUUGAAUACUUAUUGACUCAAGACAUUUCAGCUUUUCAUUUUCAACAAAUUUGUGAACAUUUCUAAAAACAAUUCCACUUUGACAUUAUGGGGUAUUGUAUGUAGGUCAGUGACACAAAAUCUCAAUUUAAUCCAUUUUAAAUUCAGGCUGUAACACAACAAAAUGUGGAAAAAGUCAAGGGGUAUGAGUACUUUCUGAAGGAACUGUAUGUAUAUAUUUAGGUCUGGGUAUAACAUUAUCAAUGAAUACAUUGAUAGUGUUUCAUAUUGAAACAGCAAUGAGUUGUCAGAAUAUAUGCAGCAGGUACUGAGAUGAUAUAUUGAAAUCGUCCUUACAAAGCUAGUUGAAUUUGUCUUAACGACUACAGCCAAAAUCACAGAUGCAUUUGAGAGAUAUCAGCUUGUUGUGGCGUAAUGGUGCGGUUUUCAUACAGCUUUAGUCUUUUUGUUAGUGUGUGUAUUUCCAGAAAUCAUCGCAAACCAACUGAAAAUGAACAAAAAUGGCAUCUAUAUUUUACAUGACAAUAUGUUCAAUUGACCCCAUUUCUUUUGUGUCAAUGGGAUAUCCACAAUUCGUGGCCUUCUCUCUACAAUGCUAAACAAACUUAUAUUAAUAUAUUUCAAAACUAAUACUUUUUUGCUUUCACGAAUACAAAUGUAUUGUAUAUUCUUAUUUAAACAAGAGGUGUGCCUUGCAGGGUUGUUUGUAUAUAAAAGUGUAAUAAACUUUGUUAACUUUUA